AUGUCUUAUCUGAAUCUCAGAGCUUGUCCUCCCUUUGACCACGAAGUCCGCGACCAGAACGAAGUGGAUGCCGUGAUACGACAUUUUUUGUCUUUUUGCAAGCCCUUUGGGAAGCUGCUUGAGAUUGCUCGUACGGGCCAAGAUAUUCGAGUUGGGGCUGUUCCGAGAGAGCGUGACUUGAGUAUACAAAGUGCAUGA